CUGGAUGACUUGACCACUUGACGUCUUCGGGCUGUUUGUUUUGGUGCUGGCUGGUGGCUGUUCGUCGGGUAGGCCGCGUCAGUUAAACCUUAAUUACGCUUUUACCACCACCUGUGUUGAGUUGGUUGAAGAAUCUAUAACCUCUCCUGUGUUAUCACUGCUCACGAACAUUUGUUAUAUGCAUUAUGAGCAUUGCAUCUAGGAGUAAUGUUGUAACCUCAUAGCAGCCUAAUGAAAUGGAAAAAACUGCUUCCUAGAAAGCAGGCUGCCGUGACCACCUUAGGCCCAAUGGAGAUUUGCCGUGAUACCAAAACCACAGCACGUUCUAGUUUGCAAACACCAGAGUCUACAGCAGACGACGCUAGUUUGAGCGGAUCAUCUACAGACAGCUUAUCCAAAAAACGAAAUCCACCAGCUAAGCCCCCUAGGCGUCGACACUCUGUUUCAUCAUUAAAAGGGUCCGAGUCUACCGGAAAUCUCCGCAACUUACCUGCUUCGCUGAAGACAAUGUCACACUUCGUGAUCGGUGGGGGCGACGGCCACACCACAGACGGCAACACUACCACGAGAACAGACCCUGUCCACUGGAUAUUGGAGCCUCCUCCGAGCUUUGGAGGGUCUGCGGCCCCCAUGUCGCUCAACUGCAACCAUACGUUCGAAGGCAUUGGCACAAGCACCCCCAAUGAUGAGAGAGGAGAUUUUCAUUCUCUACCCCUGUCUAUGUCACAUAUACACAAGCCAAACAUGCAGACACUUCACAAUUCUACGAGCUACGGUCUGUUUGCUCGGUCGGUCCCGCCAACUGCAGUUCGAGGAGCCCCGUACAACAACUCUCCGUCUCCCGUUACGGACCGCGAUGUUCCUGACGUAGUGUCACGCUCCAGGGUUACUCCUGGCACUUCGCAUACGCACACCAGACGUUACUGUGGCAUGCGGCAGGUGUUUGUUCCAAGCCACCUAUCCGUCCCAGGUCAUCCGCGGAGGACGCACAGUGAUCCUGUCAUCCACUUGGACGAAAUGGCGGAAGAAAAUAUUGCAAUGACUGACUGGAGCGAAGGUAGACGGAAACCGAUUCAAAGGCCACACUUUGGGACUGAAGCUGAUGCCUGCAACCCUCAGCCACCUUUGGGUGGCUUUGCUCCGGAGGAGAUGGAAGCACUCAAGAAAAUAAACACAAAGCUGUGGACCCGAGUGAGGCACCUCCAGUCGCAGUUUGAACUAAUGAAGCGGGUACGAAAUCCUGAGAAACCCACUCCACCCGGCCCAAAUGGAAACUUUUCUGACCUCCUGGCUGAUGUGUACUAUGCUCAAAGGGAACGUGAUGAUGCUAUGCACAAUCGCCUCCGCUCAGCCAAUAAUGGGUUUGACAAGGCCCAGAAAGAAAUGCGCAGGGUUGCGGAUGUGUGGUAUGACGCAUCAGACAGUACAUCCAGUGAUGACAGUACGGAUGAUACAGUGGCUCUCAGUGGACUGGAUAAAAUCUUGCACGGCAUCGACAGCACAAGAAGACCGGCCAAGUUACAGCGGCACCGCGACACGCUUCUGACCACCGUUAAUCAUUUGAAGGAACGUCGCAGCAGGAGGCAUCGCAGUGAUGUUCGCGCCCUGCAGGCAGAGAGAGACCUUGCCUUGGAGAGGGUAAAGGUACUGGAGAAAGAAUUACAAGAAAUGCACAUGAAAGUGAUCUGGAAGUCAGAAAGUUGGACGCCCACCGUUGUUGACACCUUGCAGCAGGUAACACAAGAGAGGAAUGCAGCGCUCGGCAAACUUCAGGAACUGCAGGAGAGCCUGGGGACAGCCCACAAUGGCGGAUCGGAAAGGACCGAAGAAGCUCCGAGGAUAUCGAAUGAAGCUCAGACAGACUUCAUUGGGAUCAGGGAGAACUUUGUGGAGAAGGACAGUCUGAAAGAGUUGAGGGACGAAAUCGAACGCAUCGGCAGCAGGCUCGAGACUGAGAUACUGUCCAGGCAGAAUGCGGAGAUCAAAUGCCAGAAGUUGGAAGAGAUGAUCCACAACUUUCAGAAACGAAUCAAUGGCAUCACAAGUGAUUGCUCUCAAGCAUAAUGAUUGGAACAUAGCAAAUUAGUGGCAGCAUCUGGUGGCUGUGACAUAGACAGGUGCCAACUUUCAAGGUCAGCAGUUUGGGCUGGCUACAUGGCACUGCACAUCAGUGCAAUGCGUAGCAAUUCAGUGACUCAGCAACAUUGAAAGGUGCUGCAACGAAAAAUUUGUGCCCUUACGGUUUCUAGUAGGCCUAUUGCAACAAUCUCUACAAGCCAGACUGCUUAUGUGGAUGUGUUUCCACAGAACGGACUAGUUCCUAAGCACGAUGAGAUUAUGUGUGUUGUAAGCUAGUUAUAACGAAAGCUUGUUAGUUGCAAGAGUUUGCUGUGUGGAAGCUUGACCGUUAUCACAUUGGGCUGCAGCUUUACUGACACUUUGGUAAUGCACGAAAACACAACGGGAGGUUCUGAUUCAAGGCGACUGCCCCUCUCGACUGCACUACUCUUCCCUCAAGACUUCUUUUCUGUGCAGUUGCCUUAUUUUUGUUCUAGGGAGCACAGCACUAAAAAGAUUCUCAGUGCAAUACACAGACAUAGAGCUCAUACAAACUGUAGUACAAACGUGCCUAUUUAUUUAUGCGAGCAACUCAGAUAUAGAUUUUGUCAGAAUAGUGUACAGAAUUGAUUAGUUUUCUUUCUUUUUUUUUUCUUUUUUUUUCCAGCAGAUGAACAGGCCAUGCUCAGUAUUAGUGCCACGAUGGCUUUGUAGUGCGAAUUGUUUCAAAAUGACCAGUACCAUAUCACUGUGACAAUCAAUAUAAAAAUUGACAAUAUUUUCCAAUUAAUGGUGGAUUUUCAGUAUUGUGGGACCAAACAUUUUCCUCCUGCGAACUUUAGGCAUGGUGCAAUAAUGAUAGAAUUGUUGUAUAUUUUUUUAGAAGCCUCUUACGGGAACUACAGUGCAUUUGUACAUGCACUUUGGUUUCAUAGUUUUUGCAAUUUUGAAUAUAGCAUUGCAAUACAUGUUACAUACCUCAUUUGCUGUGCCUUGCCUUUGGUGAUAUAGCACGUAUGUUUAGCAUUUACUGUUGGUGUUGAGCUAACACAUUACUAAUGCACACACGAUUAUGGCAGCCUCAGGCAGCUGUGUUGAGCAAAAAACACAUUGUGCCUAUAUCAGCAUGCUUUUCUGUUUCUGUAGUGCCCAUGCCAUUUACUUUGUUAAGGUGUAGCCCUCCUAUUGGAGGAAGACUUGUCCUUGACAUUAUCAACUGUGAUAUCUAUAUGGUUAGUGCCUGUUUGUAAUGUACAUCUGAAAUGCCUGCAUUUGAUGUUUGAUGCUGAAAUUAUGUGCUUUACCUAUCUAUGGUUUGCAAAUGUAUGUGUAGCUUUUAAUGUCCCAUAUAUUUUUUUUUUUUUAACUGCCAUAGUGCUUUUGAAGGGAGUUUUUCUUUUUUUUUAUAGAAUACACCAGUAUCAACACGCACGACGAAACACUGUGUGGUGCUAAACGGUGUCAAAGAUCCAUUACAGAUUUUUAGGAAUA